AUGGAGAUAGAGGGUAACAACAAGGCCCGGUCUACGGGCAGCAUGAGAGAGUCACUAGGUGGGGGAAGAUCCGCUUUCAGAGGAGAAUCAUCAGGGUCUUCCCAGUCUGUUGCGCAGUCUUCAGCCAGUGUACCGCCAUCAGGGUCCAUUCAGCAAGGUGCCAAACAACCUGAUCGAGGUGACCUCUCCCCGGGAGGAAAAGGAAAACAAGUUAAACUCACUCCUCGACCUAAAUUGAAAACAAGGAAACAAGUUGUUAUAGAUGACCAAUUGGGGAGUGAGUACGUACCCUCUCAAGAUCUCUCUUCUAACUCAAGGCCAGCUCCUGCAGUCCCAGCUCCACAUACUGCCCAAGCCCCACAACCUGUACCUUCUGAGUUGUUUGAUGGCUCAGCAGCAGGCGGCGGUGAAUACUCCACCUCCCCCAUAGCUUCAGUAUCUGGGGAGAGUGCAGAAGGUGGGACUAAUAGUGAUAAUGAGGUACCGGACAGUGGUGUGCCCCAGUCUGAGGAGCCAGUUGCGGUAGAGUCUUCUAUUGAGCCCUCCACAGAGCCUUCCACCAUGCCUGUUGCCACCACUGUUGAUGACUUGCCUCCAGGACCCUCCUCUUCUAUUGGCCCUAGUACUUUAGCUGGCUCGGGGGUUCCUUCUUCCCGGACUCAUCCUUUCACGGCCCAUCAGUUGAGUCGGACACUAGCCAUUGAGGCCCACUCAGCACCUUCCACUGCUCAGAUUCCUCAGUCCAUUGAGGAUACACUGAAAAAGCUCCUGGACAAUUAG